CUGGUGUGUGUUCUAGAUGGCAUCCGACCCGGUCGCUAGUUGUCUUUCUCCAGCUGUGCAUUACAGGAUUUGCAAACUUGGAUUUGAGAAGAAGGAUACCUAUGAUAUUAAUAACGUAUUAUCUGAGAAGGGCGAAGUAUGCUGGCAAGCUGUAACAGAGCACGUGUAUUAUCUUGAAUCAGAUCAAAGUGUGGAUUACAUCAGAAGCAUACGAUCAUUAGGACCUGUAUGUGAAUCUGUUGAUUUGCACUUCAAAUCUCUGACCAAGGAGCAAUUUGCAGCUCAGUAUGCAUUAUGGUUCCACUGGACAAAUUGCACUAAGUUAUUUCUUGAAAUAUUUGAUAUUCUACAAUAUACACAAGCUACUGAAGUUGCUCUUGGUUUAAUGAAACUAACAUCAUGCGUGGAGCGAGCCCUCGGUGAUGUCUAUUUACUAAUUGGUACAGAUUGCCCUUUUCUUCUAAGAGACUUACUUGCUUCUGAGCAGCUUGCAGUUGUCUUUGGAAAAGCUGUAAUGGAUGUACUGAGAGUAUUCAUUGGAUCUCCGUACGGUCUGAAUCUUCGUAAUGUUUUGUGGCAUGGGUUUGCAGCCCCACAAGAAAUUCCUGCAAAAUACUGUGCUAUGCUGCUUUUCUUAACAGCAGGAUUGGGUCAAUUGUUACAGAUGUAUCUUCUGCAAACUAAACAUACUUUAAUACAUCGACCCUAUGUGAUCUUCCUUAGCUUAGAUGAGCUUGAUGUAUUUCCAGAUCUUAAUCAUGAAACACUUUCCCUAGCUGAAGAGCUAGUGAAGCUGUCCAGUUUUGUUUUAAAAGCAAUGCUACCAUUUUGGAUGGCUGCUCUAACAGCUUUCAGGCAAAACAGGUAUGCUGACUGUGUGAUUCUCUUACUUCCUCAGCUGGAAGUUGGACUUAGACUGCUCUUCACUACAACUAAUAAAUGUCCAAAUCGAUUGCUAACAGCUGAGCCUUCUACUCUCUAUACCACUUUUGAUGAGAUGUUAGCAAAGCAUUUGCAUAAUGGAGAAGUCAAUCAGCUUCCUGCAGUUCUUGAGGAGCCUGCCAUGGAGUUUCUUUGGGAUUUCUUGAACCACCAGGAGGGUCCACGUAUAAGAGAUCGUUUGAGUCACGGAGAGAUGAAUCUGGAAACAUUUCCCAGAGAAGUAGCUAAUCAGAUAGUUGCAUUUGCAAUUACUCUUCUCUGCAGAUUCUCAGAUGGGGACAUAGUUGCUUUUAAGGAGCACAUGGUCAUUAAACCACUGCUGAAGUGUGCAAGUUGCUACCAUUCUCAAUUUCAUCCAAUUCCCCGGCUCAAGAAACAGGUGCUGGAAUGUAUGAAGAGCAUUUGCUUAUGGCCUAAAUUGCCGACAGUGCCUGAGGAACAUGUUCAAAUGUUUAAAAGGUUUCAAGGAAAUGAUGAAGCCAGUACUUUAAUGUUGUCUGAAAUUGUAUCCGAGUUGCAACAAUACGUGCCCCAGGACUGCCGUAGUUCAGAUGAUCCAGUCAAUAGCAUCCUAACAGAGAGGAUAUUGAUUGAACUUGGCACUAGACAUAUUCGCACACUUUAUUCUCCGAGAGCUGUUCUGGAAAUACUGCUGAUACUCCGUAAGAUAAGCACACAGUGCCACCGAGUGUCUGAACAAGUCAUUGCCAGCACUGAGGCGAGAUACAAACAGUGGGUGAACAAGGCUUUACGCUCUCGACAGAGGCAGAACUAUCUACGAAUGUUGAACAGCAUGAAAUUUUUGUCUCCAGUGCUGCGACUGAUCUUAGUGUUAAUUACUCUGGAACUAGCCAAUAUCCAUUUGGUUUGCAAGAAGAAUCCUUUUGAUUACCAGCAGUAUCUGAAGUUUUUGAAGUCAAUCUUGCAGCAUACAGAGAACUUGGUGACGUACACAAGCCCUGAGAAAAACAAGUGGGAUGAAACCAUGGAGCUUACAAACAAAGCUUUGAUGAAAAUAAGGAAAAUCAGUGGCAGAAAGCUAAUGUUAAUGCAGCUAGUGACAUAAAUUAGCUUGGUUUAAAAUUAUUUGAACAUUGUUAUAUCUGAGGAGUUUUGGUGUCCUCAAAUUUGACAAGUCUAAUUCAAAGACAAACUUCACCAGCCAUCAAAUUCUGAAUGCAAAAUUUAGUCUUUUUAACCAAAGGUGGAUGUUGACACUACAGUCAAAUGAUCAGGCUUCCAAAUUCAGUGAAAAUGAUUUACUGUGAGCUAAGUUGGGAUGAUGCAAAUUCUGCUCUAAGUGUGUUAUGUGUUUAGUAGCUUAAUGAAUUUUUCUUUCCCCCCACCCCCUUUUUCUAGUUUUCUAUUAAACUGGGAGUAUCUAAGAAAAGAGACUGGAUACAAUAUAAUGGAAAUAAUCACAGAAUCAAACAGGUUGGAACACACCUCCAAGAUCAUCCAGUCCAACCUAGCACCCAGCCUUGUCCAGUCAACUAGACCAUGGAACUAAGUGCUUCAUCCAGGCUUUUCUUGAACACCUCCAGGGAUGGUGAUUCCACCACCUCCCUCAGCUGCCCAUUCCAAUGCCAAUCACUCUCUCUGCCAACAACUUCCUCCUAACAUCCAGCCUAGACCUCCCCCAGCAUAACUUGAGACUGUGUCCCCUUCUUCUGUUGCUGGUUGCCUGGCAGAAGAGACCAAAUGCCACCCAGCUACAACCUCCUUUCAGGUAGUUUUCUUGUGUUCAGUUUUGGACACCUCCGUACAAGAGAGAUGUUGAGGUGCUGGAGAGAGUGCAGAGGAGAGCAGCAAAGCUGGUGAAGUGCCUGGAGAAUAAGUCUUGAUGAGUGCUAGUUUGAGCCUAUCUGGGCUAUUUUAGUGAGAGGAAUUAGAUUACAGGCUGUGAAAAGGAAACAAUGGUGAUGUCUUCACUCAUUGGCUUGAUGAGAUGUAUAAAACAAGAACAUAAAUACAGAUAACAGAGUUGCUCUCUGGCUCUGACUGCCUCCACGUCUCUCCCUAACCUGCUGUCUGUGUACCUAAUCUGUCUCCUUCCUAAGCCCCCUGGCCGAUUCUUCAAACUCACCUUGUGUGUAAGGCAAAGUCUGGGGUAAGGUAGAGGGGUGGAAAGGAGGUGGAAGGAUGGUUGGGAGCCCCUCCUGGGGACUCAGGUUUCUGGGAGGGCUGUUGUGUUUCUGUAUUACUUUUUAACUUGUCUAUUUCUGUCUGUAGCUGUAGAUAUUGUAAAUACCUCCUUGUAUAUUGUGCUAAGCUGUAAAUAUAAA